AUGCUUAGUUCAUUGUAGCCCGACACAGAGAAACACAUAGACAGUGCCUCUUAGUCAGACAUCUUAUCUCAGCAUGUCUUCCGAACUGGAAACUGCCCCACAUUUUAGAGUGAAAUACAGCAGUGGGGCCAAUGAAAAUGGAGAGAAAGAGAAAAAUGAGGUGAAGACGCAGUACCAGGAAGCUAACUUAAUAGAAGAUGGUGAUGGACACACCCAGAAGAAGCUUCCAGCUGUGAAAAGAAGCUGCUUCAAAGCUUUUAAAGUGAGCCUGGGAGUGCUGUAUCUUCUGAUUCUCGCUGGAAUCACAACACGCUAUAUUUCGGUGACUUUGGAAAAAGAGCAGCUGCAGAACAAAUAUGACAAACUGAGGAACAAUUAUAGCCAACUGCAAACCCAACUUCAAACUGAGAAACAAUUACAGCCAACCGCAAGCCCAACUUUAAAGUCAUGGAAGUCUACAACAUUGAUGAUGUGUCCUGUCGAUUGGGCCAAAUUUGGAAGGAGCUGUUACUUUAAAUCCACUGAAAUGAAAACUUGGCCUGAGAGCAGGAAAGACUGUCAGUCCAGAGGAGCUGAUCUGGUGAUCAUAAACAACAAAGAGGAACAGGAAUUUAUUGAACUGAAUAUGAAAGGAGACUCCUGGAUUGGUCUCGAUACCAGUUAUAAAGAGAAAACUGGCAAUCAUGAAUGGGAAUGGGUGGAUGGAUCCCUGCUGACAGAGGCGUUUUGGGCACCAUACCAGCAGGAUCCCAGUCAUGGUUUUUCUGCAGUAUGCUGUGAGAUUAAUGGAAAAUGGACACGAUCACAUUCUUAUGUAUCUAAGACCUGGAUCUGUGAGAAAUGAUUUUUGACUGAUGACAGAGGAAUGUAAAAUUAAAAUUUCUGAAUAAUCCAAGUAGUUCUCCAACUUCAAUUAGACAUCAUUAGUGUUAAAUUUCAUAAAGGUUUGUCAUCUGUUACUCAUGUUUUUGUUCUACUGUGAGCUACUUCCUGUCUUUACCACAAUGGAUCAUUUUCAUGGUCAUAUUUUUGACUUGGUAUUCUAAUAUUUUAUUGCUUGAUUAGUUUAUUGAUCAUUUGUUUUGGGAAGAAAUGGAGUUCUUUUCUAAAGAUGCAUGAAAGAUUAUCGCUGAUUAAUAUGUAUUUUAAGAUUUCAAAACAGUUACAUUAUUAAAAUGUUUUUAAUUCUUCUUGUGUGUGUGUGUGUGUGUGUGUGUGUGUGUGUGUGUGUGUGUGUGUGUGUGUACAGUUGCAAUAAUGAAGGGUAAUUAUGGAUUUUUCACUACCCAGUUUUCUCUAACGCUUAAUUAGGGGUCAUUGGGUACAAGUACUAUACGUGAGCAAUUAAAUGUCUAUGAGCCCUUUAGACAUGUUGUCCAUAAAAACCUUUCAGAAAUAUAUGGUGACAGGACAGUUUUAAGUCUUAGUGAAUCCAACAUUAUGAUCUUAUUUUCUUUAACUAUGGUCCCAUUAGAAUGAAAAAGGUUCAUAAAGAUACAUAUGUAUUGAAGCAGAUUUGCUCUGUUUCCAUCUGUCUGAUUAAUUUCAAAAGCCUAAUAAUGAUGGUUAUUAAUCUCUGUCUCUUCCACAUUGUGUCUUUUCUCCUUUCUUGCUACUCUUACCUCAAACUGGUCAUAACAGUUUGUCCUUUGCCAAAGUGCUUGCUCAAAGGGUAUCAUAUGAUUUUUUUAUUUUUAGUUUUAUCUUUAGUUUUCUCUGUAUUAUUAUAGGGUCGUCGACUUAAAAUGUAAAAAGCACUAUAGAUGGCUGUUAUUUUUUAUUGGCAUUAUAUAAAUAAAAUUCAACUGAUUUGAAAAAAAAUGUAUUGAAUUUGAUUCAACU